CCCAGAUUUUGUUUUUUGCUUCCAGAUCUUUUGAUAGCGCGUUGCAUUGUAUCCGGUCAUUUUGUGACACCGAAUAAUCAACCUUCAGCCACAGAACCUUUACUCGAUGAAGCUCAAGCUGAUCCUCUUUCCUUCUCUACUUCUUAAUAUCCACCGAGCCAACUGCGUACGACGUCACGAUGAUCCUACGAUGAGCGCACCAGCAGCAGUCCUUCAGCAAAAUCCCGGGUGCGCUUUAGUCAGUUCCACACUUUUUGCCUGCGAAUCAAUCACCCCCGGCUUUACCUCCCUCCUUCCAUCUGCACAGGCAUCAUGUCUGUGUUACUCUUCGUCCACAUGGAUUCCAACAGUCUUCGACAAAGCAGUCCAGACUUGCGCCAAUUUUGCAAGCACCGCUGUACCGGAUGCUUAUCCAGCAUUCGUGAAUUUGGAGGGUUUUUGUGGAAACAUAGGGAACAUUAAGACAGCCAGAUCUUCUAUUGCCUCCGCUAGUACUAUUUCUAAACCUUUCGUUCCAACAUUUACCAUCAGCGCGAUCCCAGCUUGCUAUACUGCUUUUUCUUUAAUACAGUUCUGCGUCGCUCUCAUUCCAGGUUUCAUUGCUUUAAACCCGACGCAACAAGCUUCAUGCCUAUGUUAUACAAGUAUCACAUCCUGGGUUCCAAAACCUUUUGAUAACGCCGUUGAGACUUGCUCGCAACAUGCACAAAGUGUGAGUGCUUUUGCGGGACUGGUAUCGUCAGUGAAAAUAUUUGAUGGUAUUUGUGAAAGCGUCGGGGAUAUUUUGACAAUAGGAGGGGGUCUUUCUGCCACGGUCAUAUCUUCGAAUCUGAUAACUUCGCCCGAGGUGAAUACAGCACCCUCAACUACAACGAUUCCUCCAUCACCAGCAAAUCCACCCAGGACAGAGACCUCAGUGCUUUCAACCAUUGUGAUCCGUUCUUCAUUUCGGAAUACGCAUUCAAUUGUGAAGACAGUAUCGAUCACAACAAGCGAGUCUAUAGUUAGCACAACUUCAACGGCUGGGCUUGGCGGAAUUGGGGCAAAUCGAGGUGAAGAUGAACGAGCAGGAGAUAUUGGUGAUCCAAUGGUGGUAUUGAUUAGUUUUGUUUGUGCAGUGUUGAUGCUUUUUUUAUGUUAAUUCCUGCCUUGAGCAGGAAAGUUGUCGAUGUCUUGAGGCAAAUGAGAGCAGCGAGGACACCCAGGGGAAUGAUAUAGUUUGUGCGCGCCCCGAGCCCGUGAAGUGCAACAGUGGAGCUUUGAAAGUAGGUGUGGGAAGCAGUUUGGAGUUGGCAUUGCUGGCGGGUGGAUUUCAGACACGGUAUAUAGUC